AUGCUCCCGCCGAGCGGAACUUUUAGGCCUCGUGUGCGCGCGGGUCUCUCCCGCCCGAGCCCUACCAAUGGUGCUCCUCGCCGCUCACUUCUAACUUCUGGCCGCCUUACUGCUCCUCUUUCUGUUGCAAAGUCUUCUCGACCUGCGAAAUUGGCUCCGUCCGGGGUUUCCGAAAUCCUUUACUACGCUGUACUUUAUACCAAAAGGAGCAAGAAAAAACGCAAAUCCUGGCUCGACGGCUACAUUCUCAUCAAGAAUGACCGCCAUGUCGAGCUUCAGAACGAGGACGGCAAACGCGUAUGUGCAGAAAGGUGUAAACCUCUAGGUGGUAUGAAGGAAGGAAACACUCUAGAAAUAGGCAACUGGGAGCUCGAGGUGCAAAAUCCCGUUAGCGAGGACGAUUAUAUCUCUGGCCGCCUCUUUAUGAAAGCUUCUAUACAUUCUGUGACAGGCUUAAGCGCCACUUCCAGAGGAAUGAUAAAUGCGAAACGGACACCAUUCAAACCGCUCCGGCCUCGCAAUUGUUCAGCGAAUCGGUCAAUCACGCAGGGUCCCGUUGGACCGAUGCAUGAUCCAAACGCACCAAACGCCUGUGUUUUGCUUCCUACCGUGAAGGGUGCUCUUGCGGGAAGAGAUUCUUUCCCUAUCGUGCUAGACCCUUUUCUUGCGAAGCGUAUGCGACCACAUCAGCGGGAGGGUGUCAAGUUUCUAUACCACUGCGUUCAAGGUUUGUUCUUCAUGACCGGUGAGGGGGGUCAAGGAGCGAUUUUGGCUGACGAGAUGGGACUGGGUAAAUCUUUACAGGCGAUUGGGUUGAUAUGGACGGUGUUAAAGCAACAUCCGGGAGGAAAUCCUGGCGUGAGGAAGGCUGUCAUUGUAUGUCCAGCUUCCUUGGUUCAGAAUUGGGUGAAUGAAGUUAAAAAGUGGCUGGGUGAUGACAGGUUGGAACCCGUUGCAGUUGCGUCUGGUAGUUCGACGUUUGAAUCGAAAGAAGCUUUGGCAGCCUUUAUCAACGGAAAUGUCCGCCGUUUGCUCAUAAUUUCGUAUGAGAUGUUCCGAAGCUAUGCUGAGCAGAUGUAUAAAUCAAAGAUUGGCCUCCUUGUAUGCGAUGAAGGUCACCGUCUCAAGUCCUCCCAGGGAAACAAGACAAUAGAAGCCCUGAAAAAACUUCCCUGUCGGGGCCGCGUGAUUCUAACGGGAACGCCAGUGCAAAAUGAUCUCGAGGAAUUCUUUGCAGUUUGCGAUUUCGUGAACCCGGGCUGUUUGAACUCACUCGCCUCCUUUCGGACGGUUUUUGCAAACCCCAUAAUUGCUUCUAGAGACAGCAAUGCCUCUAAUUCUGCAAUGACCAUUGGGGAUUCUCGUGCACGAGAGCUCGGGAGAAUAACAUCCCAGUUCGUGUUACGGAGGACAUCCAACAUUUUGGCGAAAUAUCUACCGCCGAAACACGAAGUCGCCAUUUUUUGUCGACUUCAGCAGAGGCAACAGACGGCGUACGAGAAAGAAGCCCAGAGUCGAUUUGCAGUUGUAUCCAACACCAGACGAUUCAGCGCGGCCCUUAGUGCCAUCAAUUUUUUAAGGAAGAUAUGCUGUCACCCUGAUCUUGUCGGUGCUAGCCUCGAUUCAGAAGAUGAAGACUUGGGGUUUUCGGAUGAAGAAGAAGUGGUGCAUGAUAAGAAGGAAGUUUUGAGACAGUUUCAGAUAGGUGAUUCCUCAAAGAUUCAGAUAACCCUGUCCAUAUGCAAGGCUAGUUUGCGUGUCCAGGAUAGAGUUAUUCUUGUGAGCAACUACACAUCCACCUUGGACUUUCUCCAAGAGGCAUUGUCCCGUAAGAACAUACAAUUUUGUCGUCUGGAUGGUAGUACCACAGUCGGUCAUCGUGGGGAUAUUGUCCGAAGAUUCAACGCGGGGUCGCUCGGUGAUGUCUUCCUGUUGAGUGCGAAGGCGGGAGGUGUCGGGUUGAAUCUUAUCGGCGCUAAUCGACUCAUCUUGUUUGAUCCUGAUUGGAAUCCGGCCACAGAUUUGCAGGCCAUGGCGCGGGUUUGGCGAGAUGGGCAGAAGAAGCAUGUAUUUGUUUAUCGGUUGUUAUGCACUGGCACCAUCGAGGAGAAGAUUUUUCAGAGGCAACUCUUCAAAGGAGAGCUUCAAAGCGCAGUAGACAGGGAACACCACAGAGACGGGAAUGGAACCGGCGUAGGCGAGCAAAAUGCAUCAAAGAUGAUGGGUUCGAAAGAAGGCAAUUUUAGUGCUGAUGAACUACGUGAUCUUUUCCAGUACAACUCGAAGCUGAAGUUUUGUGACACCUUAGAAGUCUUACAGCGAUCCCAAGAAGAAAAUCUUCUUGACAAGGAUCGAGGAAGCCCUUCAUCCACGUUACUGGAUCGCUUCAAGAAAUAUCAGCACAUUUUUGAGAAGAAAGGCGGACUUUCUGGAGAGGUCUUUUGCGGAGAAGAUGCCGUGCUUGACAAGGCACUAAAUGCUGAUAUCGAGUCUCAGGGGAUAGUGUCAUAUCUGUACACUAAGAAAACCGGAACUUCUGCGCCGGGGGCAGGGGCUGGAACUGUGGUUUCAGAGAUCGCGACCAAGGCGAUAGGCGCAAAAGCAGCACAGCGCAGAGCCGAAAACGGAGAGAAAGUACAGCUAUUUGACAAUGAUGGGGAUAGUGAGAAGAGCACUAGCGAAGAUGAUGAAGAGAUCCAUGUGCUCCUGGCCAUGAAACGAAGUGAACGUCAACGCGAGGCCCGAAAAGCAGCAGAACAGCGGGACUUUGGAUUAAAGCGAGAUCAGAGUGAUACCCGGAUAGGUUCUGAGUCUUCGAAGAGGAUGCGAGCGUCAAGCGAGUUAUUGAAGGACGAGGCAAGAGAAGGAGCGCAAAUCGAUGAAGGCAAAGAUCAGGAGUGGGACGAAGCUAUCCGGGAGAUGGAAAACGGACUUUUAGACGAUCUUGGUGGCGCAUAG